AUGUCGCAGCUGGCCAGCUCGGGCGCGCCUACGCCCCGUCGCUCAGGACGUCUCAGUAACAAGGCCAGCUCGAUUGCGGAAACGGCCGUUACCACCGUCACCAAAGCAGGCACCCGCGCUCGUCGUACAGGCCCUCUCAUCGAAGUCAAGUCCCGCAAGUCCAAUGCCUAUGGUGCAAGUGGCCGUGUAGGGACCGCAGAAGAGCUGCCCGUCGCCGCCACCGGUUUCGCCCAGGCUUUCCAGAACCAGCGAGGCAACGCAUUGGUAAGAGAGGGUCCAGUCGAGGAGAGCGAGGACGGUACUGACUCUGCUGAUGAGCUUGCUGCCGAGACACCUCGCUUGAGCGGUGCUCGCAACGGCCAUUUCCCUGCCUCCUCCCCUCCCCGUUCCCCUACUCCUACUGCCGGCACGGCCGCCACUUCAGUGCCAGGCUUCUCUUUCCUCCAGAGCGAAGACACUCCGGCCAGCGAAGAGGAUGACGCAGAGUCAGUCGGCAACACUUCCAAGUCCUUCGGGCCCCUCCAUGAGGCUGGUAUGAUCGGCCAACAAGAUCGCCCUCACAUGCCCUACUCCUCCACGCAAGCCACUCCGGAGCCCACUCCCCUCGUUCAAAAGACAAACUUGCGCCGUAGCCUCCAGUCACAGACAACAAGGAUGGGUGCCUCUCAGAUCAAGGUCCCCCUUCAGGAACAAGGCGCACCCCCUCUCCGACCUAGCUAUUUGCAGACCCCUGCGCCUGGCCGCGAGAAUGGAACCCUCGCCGCCAGUGCAGCAGCCAGUGCAGCACACAAGAAAGCGAUAGACGAGUCGGUUGACGCUUUGCUAGCCAAAGAGCAAGCCCGUCUUCACCGAGAUGGUGCCCCGCAGUCACAGCCAAAGUAUCAAGGUCGUCGUCGCCAUGCCAAUAGCCCGAAGACGGUCAAUGAGCAGCCCGGUGAGGUCGAGUCGCCCCAGAAGUUUCAGAUCGAUUGGCCUCUGAAGAAGCAUCUCUCUUGGGUUUUGGGAGUGCUGGCAGCGAUCACGCUCGUAGGCUGGCUUGGUCACUCCAUGAUGUCCUCUGUUGCCUCUGCAUCCGACGCAAACACCACCAACAACAAGCCCGGACUCCUUUCUGCUGUCAAUGCACGUGCCAGCUAUACCAUGGGCAAAGUGGCAGAGUUCAUUCAGCCACCCCGUGGUCCUACCGUCGAAGAGGAAGUCGCUGCCUUCAGGGCUGGUGAUGAUAACAUCAUGUGGCACCGCAUGUACAAGAUGAGCGACAAGUUUGAGACUCGCAUCAACGGUGUCCACGCCACUAUUGAGGAGCUCCGAAAAGAGCUGCCCGAUAUGCUCAUUGUCCGACGUCACGAAGAUGGCCGAUCCGAAAUCUCCGACGACUUCUGGCAGGCGCUUCAGGCCAAACUACGAUCCGAAGAAGAGAAUCCGGAGUGGGUCCAGUACCUAACACAGGUCAAGCAGAAGCUUGACGACAUCUUCGACCACUCCGUGGACCGUGACGACACAAAGGUCAGGCCACAGGCUGUCUCACGGCAAGAGUUCCUUGAACUCAUUGACCAACGUUUUCGCGAACUCUCCACGCGGGUGAACGAGAACAUUGAAGAAGCAUUCAAGAGCCAGACUGAGAAAUUUCAGAGUCUGGUGACUGCAGAAGCCAAAAAGGCGAUGAUCGAAAGCGUCCGCCUGCAAUCGCUCGCGCAAACCAACCUCGUCGCAAACUACGAACUCCACCUGAAGUCGCCUAAUUACUUUUCUCCCAGCCUGGGUGCCGUAGUCGUGCCCCACCUCACCUCUGCAACCCGGCUCGAUCGCGCACGUUGGUUCACCACGAUCGCCCAAAAGUUGGCACUACUUCCACAGCGCAAUCCACCACAAGCAGCGCUCACCGAAUGGAGACAGCCCGGCGACUGCUGGUGCUCGGCUCCUAACGUCCUGGGGGGCGCCCAGACACAGCUCACUGUGUCGCUCGCACUGCCUAUGACGCCGCAAAAGGUGACCAUAGAGCAUGUGCCCAUGAGCAUGGUGCCCGCCCGGGACGUUAGCAACGCGCCGCGGGACGUCGAGAUUUGGGUGCAGACGGAAAAACCCGUCAAAUCCUACUACAGGUACUCCGGGGGCACAUGCGGCGAGGGCCUGCCAGGCUGGGCGUGCUUGGGCGCGUUCAAGUACAACAUCCACGCGUCCAACCACGUCCAGACCUUUGACCUCGUCUCCGAAACCUCGGAGCCCAUCAAGCGGGCCAUGCUCCGCGUCAAGAGCAACUGGGGCGCCGACCACACGUGCCUGUACCAGGUGCGUCUGCACGGCGAGGACGCCAGGGCAGAUUACGAGUACCAGGUGCGCCUGAAUGACUAG